CAAAGAUGGCGGACGCUCUUACAGUGCUCUGUGAGCAUUUUAGAUGAAAAAGGAGUUAGUUGUUUCCUUGGAAUGACCUGAAUUAUCUUGAAAAGUAUUAAAAUGGAAUCAGAAAAGAGAGGCGUCAGUCCAUCCCCAAGCAUACCGCCCAUCUCUAGAGAACAAGCUCUACUGGAGACAUUUUUUCAUGCGCUCAGUCAGUUUGCUUUUGACAAGGCAAAGGAUCAAGUGGAGAAGGAGAAGGAAACAAAAAGAUUACCGCUGGUAUCCAGUACACCAUGGUCUUCACUGCUAGUCACCCUGUCACAUCUGGCUUCGGCGGAAAAGACAUACUUCUCUUUCCCUUUUAUUGCCAGAAGGUUGUUCAGGAAAGAUUCUGUAAGGGACAGCUUCAAAACCCUGAUAGUGGAGUUGAAGAAAAUUGAAGAAACAACACACAGUUCCACAGGGUCCCCACUAGAAGGAAGUUUGUUGGCUGAGCUGUGCAGACAUUUGUGUCAAUUUUCCCAGGCUAGACAGGAGUUAAUUGACUUUUAUGAGGCCAUGGCAAUGAUGGGAUCAGCUACAAAUGUAAAAUAUACAGACUUGUCAAAUAUGAUUGAUGAGAUUUGUCAAAGACACAAUAAGGGCUUUCAUCAUCCCAUUUUGGAUUCUCUUAAAUCAAGCUUCAGUUUUGAAGUGGAUAUUUUGUCCAAUUUGUUGAAAGCUCAGUGUGACAUGGCCGACUGGAGAUUCCUUCCAUCCCUUCUUCACCUUCAUGAAAGUUACGUCAAACUGUCCUCUUGGUGUCAGUUUCUACCACCAGGGGAGCUAUCAACCUCACUCACACGUAAGAAGUCACUAUUUGGCAGCACCCCAAAGAAACACAUUGAGGCACCUUUUCUUUAUCAAUGGCUUGGAAAACUGCAGGAUGCCUUAGUUUCAAAGUUCACUCUUUAUUUCUACUAUAUACUUGGGAGACAGACCACACCAAUGGACAUGAAGUCAUUAAUUUCACGGGCUAGUAUUGAUUAUGUAGGAAGGAUCAUGGCAUUCAUCCGUCGCUCAGAUGCAUUUAGUGUCAAUAUGUUACUGGAUACUCAUCAGUUGGAGCUGUACCAGGGACAUGGAUACCACUUUCCCUACGAUAUGAAGGAGAAGCCCUCUGGCUUGGGAGCUUUUCCUGCCAUCUUUUCAUUCCCUGGGGAGCGGCCUGUAGGGCACUGGCCAAAUAUUGUGUCUAUACUCCUCGAUAAAGUUCAUGAACUCAAUGCCAUGGAGAAGAUUGUGUACUUCUUUGACAACCGUGUCCAGAGUACGUACUUCUUGACUCGAGUGGACCCACGCUUGACUCUUGUGGUUAUAUUCAACAGUAAAAGAUCAGAGAAGGACUCUUAUGUUAGCACGUUUCUGACUGAAACAGCUGCCCUUCUCAGAAACACAAAAGUCUUUGCUAUGCUUAAACAAGGGGGAAAGAAUUGAACAUAGAGAGAUGUUCUUAGUGAAGCUGUAUAUCUACCACUUCAAUAAGAAAUGGAGCUUGGAAGUUAAAGGAAAAACAGAAAAGAAGGCUGGAUGAUUAGUUAAUUAAAACAUUGUUCUAAAAUACCAAAAGGAUAGACAAUCGGUGUAGUAAAGAAUAUUUAUUACCAAGUCGAUUGUGAAAUUGAAGUGGUGAAUAAUUUUAAAUGUAAAGUUUAUUUUGUAAAUAUGAGUCCAUUAAAUGGUAAAAAACA